UCGACGCAUGAGGAGUUUGAGGGGCGACGGAAUCCUCGUUCUCGGGAGUCUUCACUUCCUGAGCGACUGACUGAGAGAGAGAGAGAGAGAGAGAGAGAGCAGCGCGAAUUUUGCCUUGGGUCGUCGAGUGCAGCGAGCGUGGGGAGCAGCAGGGGCGGUGCCUGGAGAUCGGAGAUUGGGGGACGGGCGUCGUAUAAUAGAGGUUUUCCGAGGUGUUUGUACAGUGCAUGUGUAAUUCAAACUUUCAAAAAGUCGUCUUUCUUCCGCGUCCAAGAGCUUCGAGAGGGAGGUUUGGAUCGUCGACUCCGAUCGGGGAUCGUGCAGUGUCGGUGUCAUUUGCAUGUGAAUUCUGCUCGUGUUGUUUCUCUGCUGGGUUGGGGUGAUUGUGUGCUCUUCAGUCGUGGAUGGUGUCUCUGUAAGCUGUAGCUGAGGCGAGACCUCGGAAUGUGUACGUCGAACAUUUCGUCGGAUCAGUUCACAGUUUUUGGCUCGUACAAUUGAGGUGCACCGUAAGCAGAUCAGGGAUCAUAAUGAAGCGAGUUGAUGGGUCUGGAUCAGUACGCAGCAUUGGAGGCCAACUGGAUCGUCGAUCAUUUUGCCUCAUAGAAGGACACAACUGAAUGUGGUAGCUCUAGUAAUUUAGACCCCGGUAUCAGAACAUGGAUUUAUGGAAGCGUCUGAGGAUGCGGUGUCGUGGAGAGGGGAAAGUGUCAUCCCGGAAAGGAUUCAACGGAGUAUCGUCUUUGUCUCUGUGCCUGCGCGACCUCUAGGGCAAGAAAAGCCCAAAUUUUUUAUCUCUAUGCUGCCCUUCGAAGCUUUUGAGGAUUCCGCAGGCAAAUUGUGAAUAUGGGUGUACCUGUGGUAAAUUCUACCCUGAAGGAGCUCCUUCCUCUUUCCAUUUCGGGAACGUUCGAUGAAUCUGCUCUUCUGUCAGCAUCCGAUCUCAUCACUCUUCUGGACAGGAUACGAACCCGCUCAGAGGGAAUAAAAGAGAAGGUCCACAAAACUGUGACAACUUACAACAAGGAAUUCAAGCGUAUAAUUUUACAAGCAAACAAUACAGCUGCAGACGUCGAUAGCGUGUCUGACGAAUUGGAAUCGUUUCUAGAGCUCUUUGGUGAGAGUGUAGGAAAGAAUGUUGUCAACGAUCGAAAUGCCCAGAGCAGUAAGCGAAAUCUGCUGAAGGAGAAAGGAAGUUCAAAUAUAAUUAAUGGUUUGGACACACAGAAAAGUGGGAUAGGCACAAAGGCUCCCGUUGUGAAGGAGGAAGCUGAAAGUAGUGAAAAUGUGCCUCUCGACAUUGAGCUCUGCAAUUUGGCCAGCAAAGUUCACACUCUUCACACUAGGAUAAAGGAGCGUGAAGAAGCUCUUGUCGUCGUCAAAUCAAUCUCGUGUUUGUUUGAACAGCUGUUAUCUACGCAGAGAAAGUUCACCCCCGGUCACCUGGUAGAAGCUGCGAAUGACAUGCGCACACUACAGAAAAGACUAGGAUUGGAUGUAAGAAGCGACGAUCAACCAUGUGAAGAUGUCGUUGGUGAUGUCAAGGCCUUCAAGCUUCUUCGAGAUUCAUGGACAGAGCGUUUUGAGAAGCUUGUUCACAUCCUGGAGGAGAUGACCUCAAGAGCCAUUGUGCUCAACGAGAGCACCUCGGAGCUUUCAGUCAUAUCUCCUGUCACAUGUGAGAACCCGGAAGUUGUGUCUGACUCUGCGGCCAUUGACCUAUCCGCCAUCUUCACGGCUAUGGAUGUCAUGGGAGUUCUGAAUGAAAGACUUGCAAAAUUGGGAGAUGCUGUCCAGAAGCAUAUUCUUGCUCCAAUCUUGAGAGAUCCCCAAACUUCUGUACUUACCACAGAUCAGACAGAAAACAAUCUGAUAAGAAGACGAUCCCUUGCGCUGCAGGCCUCGGUGACUCAUGGCCAAAGCGUCGAACCUGUUAUUAUUCUGUUUCCAAAAAUCGUCCAGGUCAUUAAGUUUCUCCACAAAGAAGUCUUUGGUGAUCACACAGAAUGGAUGGCACGUUUCGGACGUUUAUUAUGGCCAAGACUUGCGGAUGCAAUCAUCUCCACGUGUUUAAAGAAGGCAGUGCCCAAUGAAACGUCUGAAUUGAAAGGCUUUCAUAAAAUUGCGGAGCUGACAGAAAGUUUUGAGAUGGAAAUAGCAAACGAGGGUCUUAUUGCAAACUAUGAUCGGGCAAGAGGCGACAAAUUGAGCACUUUCACGUCAGAUGUCGAAGUUCAUUUUGCCUUGAGAAAGAAGGAACAAGUUCUAGCUAAGGCGAGAGACUUGCUCAUGAAUACAGACUACAGUUUAUCAGGAAGCUCUUGGGGAAGAUCUAAUCCUCAUCAUCAAGAGGGUACCGAUGCAUUUGAAGAUCGGUCGAUAUACCUGCUGCAAGAGUCUUGCGCGAUCAGUUCCUUAGCAAGAAAGUUGUUGGCCAUUGUACACGAGGCUGUUGAGGAUGCUUGCUUGUCAACACCAAGAACAGCUAUGGAGCUUUAUCAUGCUGCUCGAGAUACAAUUUUACUUUAUAGAGCGAUCAUUCCGGUUAAGCUAGGGUCGAAGAUGAACAGCUUAAGUCAAGUUGCUGCCUUAUGUCACAACGAUUGCUUGUACAUAGCACACGAACUACUCACAUUCGUAUACCAGUAUGGGAAAGUUUUACCUCCAAGCUUGAAAGAAAUAUUUACGUUUGUGGACCUCGUACCACUCUUUCGGCGAAUGGCAGAGGAAGUCCUUGAUCGACAGAUCGGCUUUGUUGACGAAGAAAUCAUGAUGAGGCUAGAUCAUGCUCGAGGAUUCCAGAGAACUGAUGAUCAGGAGCAAUAUGAAAUCACUCAGCAAACUGUGCAGAAGGUUUUAGAUAUCUUCAAGAAUUUUGCUACAUUAUGGAGGCCGGUUCUCUCUUAUUCUCUAUAUAGGAGGGUGAUGAGUGGAUUGAUCGACAAUGUGGUGUCACGGAUCGUCUCUGAAGUACUUGCUAUUCCCGAUAUUGCUGUUCAGGAAACUGUUCAGCUUCAAGAACUCUUGAUUUUUGUUCAAGAAAAUCUAUCCCCUCUGUUAGCUCUUCCAUCUGUUGACGAGUUGAAAGGAGACCAAGCUCUGGUGGAUAGCAGCCCCGAGGACUCCGUGGAGAAGUCGGUUCCAUCCUGGCGCAAGCUGGAGAGUCUUCGAAAUUUGUUAGACAUGUCCCUUGUGUCCAUAACACAAGCUUGGGAAAGUGGAGAUUUGAUAUCGAGGGGCUUCUCUGCCGCUGAGGUACAAAAGUUCAUCAGGGCGAUUUUCUCUGAGACGGCACAUAGGGAAGAAUGUUUGCAGAGAAUAGGAUCAAGAUUUUGACCGGUCUGAAUAAUUCUGGAAGAAAAUUAUGCCCUCAGUAUACAAGUUUAUUCACUCGGUGUUGAUGUCAUUUCUUGGUAGUCCUAUUUGGGGUUGAAUGUGUCCUCGGUCAUGGCUAGCCGUGAGAGUUCACGUUGAGCUCUGCUUGAGAAGGCUUUUAGGAGAUCAGUGCAAGUAAUGAAUUCAGCUCCAGAUGUUAAUGUUGUUCCUUCACCAAAAUAGUAGGUACGUUUAUGAAACAACACCCGAUGACUUUCAGAAGACGUAUUGGUAUAGCAACCGUGAUUGUGCCACCUUUUGUCUCGGAUCUCUUCUGGUGUAGAAUCCGUUCAUCCAGCACAAUCUCCGAGGCUCGCGUUUGGCCUCAAAACCUCGUAUUAUGACGUGAUCUGGGAAAAGCGUUCAAAUCUCUUCGCGAAAUGUGAGUAGCGCCGAGUAUUGAACACAUCCCUUUUUUCCCUCUUUCGUGCCUUCUCUGUAAUUAUAAUACCAAAUUCAACUACAGAAUGAGUUUCCCCAGUUGGAACAUUUGGAUGCCGGAACUGAGUUGGUGCACUUCUCCCAGCAGCUGCAAGUGUCUGGAACAUCUAAUCACACUUCAUACUCAAGCAAAGUACAUGCAGAAUCAACACUUCCAGGGAACGUGAAUCAUGGACUCCCAAGAAAUGAUCUCUAAACCAAGAGAACAAUCAUGAAGUCUAUAAUCACCCUCGCCAGUGGAUGUUCCUCUUGAUUCAGGUCUCUUGGAAGUUAAGAAUCAAGGGUAACAUCUACGGGCAAGAGAGAAUCAUGGAGAAUGGUCGAAGACUAGUAAUCUAGCUGCGUAGUAUCUUCUCACAAGUCGCUGCGAAACCGUCAUCUAUUGCACAGUAAGAGAUUCUUCGGCCUAGAGUUCUAUCGUUUAAGAAUGUGACGUCUCCGCAUGACGUGCGCAAGUAGACAAGAAGUUGGUUGACCUCAGGCAAGGUCACAACUAUCCACAACGAAGGUCCAUCACAUCUACAAACUCCGGAGAUUCUCUUCGUGCGUCCUUGCCUCCUGUGGUCGUCAAAACUAACCUGGAGGCAAAUUUCAGACCAAACUCAUUAUCCGAGUGCAAAUGAAUCAUGAGAAAUUGCAAAUGGUGCUUCUUUCGCCCUGUUCGAAGCUGGUACACAAGGCGAGAAUAUUCGAAGCACUUCCAUCUGCGAGUAAGCUUAUCACUGACCGCGACGAAGUCUAGCUCUUCCCUAGCUUGCAAAUACAGGGAGACAAAUGGAAGACAAUCGAAGACUUUCCACCGCUUUCCAUGUCCUGAAGAACCAUCCGCCAUCCCCGAUCGGCUGUCCAAACCUCGAAUGCCAAGUUCCGAAGACCUAAGGUGCGGCAACACGAGACCGAGCCCACGGCCCCACCUCCUUCCUUGAGCAUGGUGUCAACGAGCCGGUGGCAUCCGAGCGGGUGAGCCAUCUCGUCACAACGGAAUCACGGACCAACCCAACAGCGCCAUGUCAUAAAAUGGUUGCCGAGACCAUACGUGGCAGGCUUGCUGCACGUCCAGCGUGUCAGUCGAGCCGAGUCAGCCCCCGAUGUGCGUCGUCCAACAUGUCACAUGAGCAUGAACGAGAUUUCGUUCCGCCAAAGUCUCCGUGCAAC